GUCUAAAUGGUACCGGUAUCAGAAAAAAAUUCUCAACAAAUAAACAAUUAUGACUAGGGGUGUUCAUUGGUUUGGGAAAAGUCGAACCCAAUCCAUAUAUUAUUGGUUCGGUUUUUUUGUUAAGUAUUAGUAGUUCAAUUUAGUCUUUAUUUUAUUUUAUGUGUUUUGCCAAGUAUUGACUAUAAAUUUUACUAUUAAAAAUGAAUAAGUAGAGUAUUCUCUGGCUUAAAAACUAGUAAACCCAAAUCAAAUUGGUCCGGUACAGUAUUAUUGUUUCGAUUUAGGCACCAAACACUCUAUAAAGUUAUAAAAUGUGGCAAGUUUUGUGAGCAAAGGAGGGGAGUGAGGAUAAGGUUUUUCCAUCUUGUUCAGCUUACCUACCUACUACCUACCUUGUUCAUAAAUGGCAAACAUUGUGCUCACAAAGCCAUUCGCAACAAUAGACAACCAAUCAGAUUCCGAUGAGAAUUAUAAAAUUCCAAAUAUAUUACAGCAAGUACUAAGUCUCUUCAAGAAUAUCCGGUUAGGUUCUGAUCUGUCACGCUUCAAGCUACCACCUAGCUUCAACAUGCCAAAAUCACAGCUUCAAUGGUAUGGUGAAUGUGUAUAUUCCACAUCCACAGGAGUAGACUUGAUAAACAGCCUCAACAAUGGGAAAACAUCAUUGGAUAGAUUGAUAUCAGUAGUAGCAUGGAGCAUUUCUACCACACGACCACAAAGGUUUGGAGUUGCUCCAUACAAUCCCAUUCUUGGUGAAACUCACCAUGUUUCCAAAGGAAAUCUUAAUGUCUUACUUGAACAGGUUUCACACCAUCCUCUAGUAUCUGCCUUCCAUGCUACUGAUCAGAAGGCAAACAUAGAAAUUAUAGUGUGCCAUUUUCCAGUUCCAAAAUUUGUUGGAAGUGGAGUAGAAGCUUAUAUGCAUGGAAAACGAGAAGUACGUCUCCAUAAUCAUGGAGAGACAUAUGAAAUGAAUUGUCCUAAUUUCUUAUUCAGAUUUCUCCCAGUGCCUGGGGUUGAAUGGGUUGGCAAUGUCACUAUCCGGUGCAUAGAAACAGACCUUGUGGCAGAAUUGAGCUACAUAAAACCAUCUUUCUUUGGACUUGGGGGAAGUCGAAGACGUAUAAAAGGGAAGAUCUUUGAUUCGCACACAAUGAAUGUUCUUUAUAAAAUUGAUGGUCAUUGGGAUAGCACUGUAACAUUGAAGGAUGCAACUAACAAUGCAGAAGUAAGAGUGAUAUAUGAUGCAAAACAAGUUAUUUCAGGACUCCAUACUCCUUUUGUUGAGGAUCCACAGAGUGUGUGGCCAACAGAAUCAGCUCUUGUUUGGGGUGAGUUAAGCCAAGCCAUCAUAAACAAUGAAUGGGAAAAAGCAAGAGAAGCAAAGAAUAAUGUGGAGGAAACACAGAGGAGUCUGGUGAGAGAAAGAGAGUCAAAAGGGGAAAUUUGGGUUCCUAAACACUUUAUAGUGACUCAUAACAAUGAAGAUGGUUGGAAAUGUUCACCUAUUCAAAAGUGGGUCCCAGAUGCGCCUAUUGUCACCCUAUAAUUUCUUACUUAGCAAUAAACAUAAACACAUUUCCUAUUAUAAACAUAAUUACCGAUCUCAACUGUUUGAUAUCAAAUUAAUAAUCGAGAUCUAUUUAUUUAUUUUAGAAUCAAUAAAUAAUCUUCAAAGUCAAUGUCAUCUAAAUUAUGAUAACCUAAGAGAUGCUUCUAUUGAAAGAAAGUUGUUUUAGGAAUUGAGGGCUUGAGGCACACAUGGCAAAACACUCCCUAUCCACCUCCCUAUGCUUAGAAAAAAAAUGUAAAACAACCUGUAAAGGUUAUAUACCUUUGAAGUGAAAUAAUUGCAUUAGCCA